AUGGCUCAUGAGGGAGGUGCGAAGGUCAGUAGUGGUGGCAGCGGUGGCUGCAAGGCCGUUUUCCCGGCGGAAAGCGUGAUGCUACCGGCAAGCAUGGUGCUGGUGCAGCUCUUCUCCAUCGUCCUGGUGCUCCUGUCGAAGCUGGCGCUCAACACCGGCAUGCAGCCAUUCGUCCUGCUCGCCUAUCGGAACCUCAUCGGCGCCGCCGCCGUCGCGCCGCUCGCCUUCUUCUUCGAGAGGAAAGCAAAGAAAGUCCCCAACCCCAUCGAGUGUGGCUGGAUUACCAUAAACGCCACUUUCGGGGUUAUCCUGGCGAUGGGGCUUUACUACUAUGGCCUGCGCGGCACCAACGCCACCUACUCCGUCAUCUUUCUCAACCUCAUCCCCAUCGUCACCUCCCUCGUCGCCAUCGCACUCAGGGCAGAGAAGCUGGCAUUCACAAGCUGGCCUGGCAAGAUGAAGCUCCUGGGCAUCUUGGCGUGCGUCGGGGGAACAAUGGUGGUCACCCUCUACAAAGGCAAGAUGCUGCGCCAUCCUUGGCCUACCCACCUGCUGAGGCCCCAUACUCAUGCAGCAGCAACUCCGGCAGUUCACCACAAUAUGGUCGCAGGCACACUAUUCCUGUGCGGCAGCUGCCUCGGAUACGCCUUCUGGUUCAUCAUACAGGUUAGGCUAGCUAAGGUUUUCCCAUCUAGGUACUGGGCGACGACGCUGACGUGUCUGUCCGGGAGCCUGCAAGCUUUCGUUAUCGGCAUCUUGAUCGACCACGACACGUCAGCAUGGAGGCUUAAGUGGGACCUGCAGCUCUUCACUGUAGUCUACUCGGGAAUAUUCAACACCGGUGUUGCGUUCAUCCUAAUGUCUUGGGCGGUGAAGCGUCGUGGGCCAAUUUACCCCUCCAUGUUCAACUCUCUAGCCAUGGUAGCAACUGUGAUCAUGGACUCGGCACUGCUCGGCACCAGCAUCUUCUUAGGAAGCAUUUUGGGAACACUGCUAGUCAUCUUGGGGCUAUACGCGUUUCUGUGGGGGAAGGGAAAGGAGCUUCAGGAAGCUAUGGCAGCAGCGAAGAACGCCAGUGGGAAGGAGGAAGCUGGAGACUGUGGCGAGCAUGGUUCACAAGAACUGGAGCAGCGCCGUGGCAGCAAUGAGUUAGCAUAA